AUGCGCCUGCGAAAGCAGCGGCGCGCAUCUGCAGCAUCGCCCUCCUCGCCCACAGCCGCCCCUGCCACCGCCUCGGCACCACGUGUACGCAAUGCUUCGGCAGGCACGCAACCGAGUUCGUCCUCCGACUCUGACUCGUCCACCGACAAACACGCUGAAGCCGGAGCAUCGGCCGACGCAGCCUUCACCUACCCACCCACCGACCCUUCGCCCGACGCAGAAAAGACGCUGGAAGAGCGCAGACGCCGCACAGAAGACGCAAAGAAGCUCGCCAAGGCGCAGCUGUUCCUCAACUCGGAGGUCAAGCGUGCCUCCACCGACGCGCUCAGCUUCCGUGCGGCGGCAAGCGUGACUCCAGCACCGACGAACCUGGGCAGCGUCACGUCCGAGACCGGAUCCUACCUUGCACGUCUCUCGGCUCAGGCAGAGGCAGCUGAAGCUAAGCGUGGGCGCGGUCAUCGCCACGCUGAAGAUGACGACGACGACGAUGACGACUCAAUGCACGACAACCGACGACACCGGCAUGGCAGGCCGUCAGCACACGGUAUCGUGCGCAGGAUGGCCGAGAAGCACCAUCGCAAGGUGGAGAAGCGCGAGAAGCGACGUCGCACCGAAAGGCUGCGUCGCAUCGCCGCGCUGGAUCCACUGAAGGAGGGCGAGCGCCAGCACGGACAAGCUAAAGAGACCAAGUUUAUGGCGCUCAUCCGCAAGUACGGCGACAUGGCCAAGGAAAACGAGCGCCAGACCAAGCCCGGUUCGACGGUCGACCUCACUGCGCAGGAAUCACGCACCGCGGACACUACGCCAAGCACAGAGACAUCGUCGCUGGACGAGCACAGCGCGUACCUUGUUGACACGCUCGAGGUGGUGGAUCCGGGAGUGAGCACGGCGGGCCAUCUAUCCAACAUUGGCAACUCGCUCAUCUUCCCCAACAUUCCGGGACUGUACGACCGACGACCGGUGAUUGAUCUUCCGGCGCAAGAGGUGGAUGCAUCGGCGGCGUCGACCGAGGCGCAGCUGCAGCUGGAGGAGGGCCGGCUUGCGUCGCCGCGGCUCAAGGCCAAGGCGGCGGCGGCGGCGAGCCAGGAGGACGAGGACGAUUUGCAUCUGGAUGCGUACGUGCACGAGCUGCUCACCAAGCGCCAAAAGUUCAAGCGCGCCAUGCAGGGCGUGUGGGCGUUCCUCAAGACGCCCGUGGGCGUGAUCGCGGGCAUCUACGGCUUUCUGGUGGUGUUUGGAGGCGCGGCGCUCGUGCUCUUCCUUGUGGGCGCCAUCGAUGGCGGCAAGAACAAGGACUUUUGGGUCGAGGUGUUCUCGCAGUUCGAGAACGGGCUCUUCACGAUCCCCGGCGUGGGGCUGAUUCCGUGGAGGUUAAGAGAUACGUGGCGUGCGGGAUGGAUCGCGUACUACCAGCAUCUCACGUGGCGGCUGCGGAAGAAGCAGGGCCUGCCGCGGCUGGCGGACAAGAACGACAUUCCUUCGGUCGUCGCGCCCAAGGGACACCGCAAGUCACGCAAGGAUCACGUCAAGACACUAACUGCCGAAGGUGGCGAGAAGGAGUCGGCAGCGCAGGCAGCGGGAACGCUUGGUGCUCAAGACGGCAGCAGCGUCGGCGAACUCGAGAGGCACGGGUCCACAGUGUCGGCCGUGCGACGUGAAGAUGAAGGCGAGGGGCACGACGAUGACGACUACGAUUUGACCGACGACGAGGAUGACGAUCACGCGCUGGCGCUCUCGCCGGACGUGGUUUUGUCGCCGUCGCAGGCGGUCAAGCUGCACGAGCUGCAGGUGGCGUUUGGCGAGUCGCAGUCGUGGUACCGUGCGCACGAGACGUUUACGCACCAUGCCUUUUCGAUCAGCUAUGCGGUGUGGAUCACCGUCAUGAACGACCUCAACUCGCUCUUCCAGUGUCUGCUCUGCGCAUACAUGUGGGGCUAUGCGACGCACUACCGCGAUCGCCCCGCCUGGAGCACGGGCACGUUUAUGCCGUGCUCGUUCCUGGCGGGCAUUGGCGCAGCUGUGCUCAUCUGGAAGGGCGGCGAGAAGAGCAAGAAGAAGCGCGAGGUCGAGGAGAAGCUGCUCGCUGCAUUUGCCAGGGAUAUCGAUGCGCAGGUCGAGCAGAUCAGGCGCGAGAACGAGGCGAGGUUCAACGAGCCUGCGCUAGAGACCGUGCGCGAGGUCGACCAGCCGGCGGCAGAGGCAGCGUCGUCGUCGCCUCGUGCGGAUCAAGAGAAGACUGGACUGGAUCUGGACACACUGGCGACCGAGAUCGCUGCCAAGGACAAGUAG